GGAUAUUUUGUGUUUAAGCUACCCCAUCAUAAUAGUGACUCAAGAGGCCUAAAUAGAAGUUUAUAACACUUUUUUCCUUUGGUGUAGCUUAUGGUAAUGAUGGAGUUAGAAGACGUUCAAGCCAGUCAAGUUCUCCAGGUCGAAGGUCUUCUUUAGCCAACUCAUACAAUUCUCGUGAUAGUCGUAGUCAGAGCAGGGAAGCCUUCAGGGCUACUGAUGGAUGGGAUGGUGAGCCACGAGUGUCUGACAUGAACUCUGGCCGUGGUGUUCACUACCCAGCUUUUCUUCAGACAUUGGAAGAAGUAGAGUUGGCAUAUAAAAGAGAAGCAGAUGAACUUGGAAGAAUUCGGGACAAGGAAGAAGAUGAAGAGAAUCAUAAGCAUCGUGAGGCUGUCAGAGAAAUAAGGGAGAAUUACUUGAAGAAUCUGGCUAUCAUUAGAGGGUCAUAUGUCAAGCAAAAGGAAGAGUUGAUUCAAAUCGAUGCCCAAAGAAUGAUGCAACAGGCUAGCCAGCAAAAUAUGCACACUUCUGGAUUUGGUCAUCCAUACAAACAAACUAGCUAUCCGGAGUAUUCAAGCUCUGCAGGAAAUGCACACUAUUCAGUAUCCAAUUUGCCUGCAGAUUCGAGGACCAGGUAUCCAAAUCCCAUGGACGGUUAUCCCCCAUCAAGGCCCCAUGACAGCUAUGAUGAUUUUUGUCAGAGACGCAAUGAAUAUGGCAAACCAUUUGAUCGAUUCUAAGAAAACCAUAGGUUGGCGCCUCAAUUGGAUCCAGGGUGGGGCACAAGAAUGAAGAAACUACCAGUAUGGGUAAGUGGUUUUUUUUUAAUUUACAUCUAUAUAAUAUCAUUCUGAACUUGAGAAGAUGUUAAAUGAACACUUUUUUCCCCGGGAAAUUUGGCUUGUUUUGCUGGUCAAUUGACGUGGACAAUAUUAGAACAUAUGGAGUAGUUUCAAUUCUGUUUGGGGUUAUUUAAAUUUGUAAGAUGGUAUCGUGAUGUUUUGACCUUGUCAUCUUCCCCUCCGUCUUCAAAGAUCGUGCAACCCAGCUAUCGAUCAGGGGUAGUAGCCACUGACCCGAGCCCACUUGUUCAGGGGUCGUUGGCGAAUUCAAACUGACGAUUAAGGCAGCACAAUAGUUUGGGUGACCGGAGGCUACGGUUUUGAGACCACGGCACGCUUUCAAUAUACUCAUCAUGAAAUUCACAGAUCAGAAUACUCACCUUCUCAUCUCCAUAUAUAAAUUGGAGAUCUUAUA